AUGAACGAAAAGAAAACCUUUCAAAAAGAGCUUGGCUGCUGCGGGUUCGACAACGUUACGCGAAUGAUGCUUUACGAUGAUCAUCCAAUGUGCAAAGAAUGCUGUGUAAAAGUUGUGAAACAUUCCGACGGUUCAGCCACUGGUUAUUCAUGUGACUGCCUGUCCUGUUUUGAUGCCAUGGAUUCGCACUUCAGUGCCUGCGUCAACACCAUAUUUUAUUUCUCUGGUCCUAUUUUUUUCUUAGUGAUAUUUACAAUGCCGAUGACCUUGCAGUACAAAUCUAUAGAGGCUCCCGUGAAAAGUGGAUACAUAUUUGAUGAGGAUGAUGGAGAUGAAGUAGGGAAGAGCGUUGACGAUCAAAGUUUUGAAAGCGAAAGUUUGAAAGAAAAUAUUCAGGCAUAA